AUGAGCAACAGGGCAAGGGUCGAAAAAACCAUCCAUGUAGGUACUUUUGUCGCCAACUUCCUUCAAAAGACUAAACGUAACCUACGAGCAAUCGAAUUAUGCAAAGAAUGUUUGGUUUUACUAAACAACUUAGCAUUGGAUACAGAAGAUCAUUUUACCAAAACAUACAAUUGUAACAUUUACAUGGUAAUGUUCAAUGUAUACAAUGCCAUCAAAAUGGCAAAAAGCGUAGAAAAAUGCGCAAGAAAACUUCUACGCAUGAUCAAAGACUCACAUGCUAAGGAAGAAGAAGGAAUCCUCACGUUAACACUGGCAAUUAGUUAUCACAGGCAAAGAAGGUUUCUCGAGGCAGCGAAACUUUUUAGGAGCGCGAUCAAAAUCCUGGAGGAAAUCGGUGAUAAAGAAAAAGAAGCCUUUGCUAACACUAGUCUAGGAAUUGUGUAUCAAUCACUUUGUGAAUAUCAGAAGGCUAAAGAACACUACCAGAAAGCACUUGCCAUCAAAUUACGAAAACCACAGCAACUGUGUUGCAAUCAAAGAAUAUGCAGAAAUUGGCAAUAAAUUACGAAAACCUAGGAACUGUGUUGAAAUCAAAUGGUGAAUAUCACAAGGCUAAAGAAUAUUACGGAAAUUUAGGCCAUCAAUAUGUUGGUAACAGGGCAAGAGUAGCAAAAUUACGAAAACCUUUGUUGCAAUUACUUUGUGAAUAUCAGAGGGCUAAAGAACACUACGAGAAAGCACUUGCCAUCAAUAUGGAAAUUGGUGACAGGGCACAUGUAGCAGUAGAUUACGGAAACCUAGGAACUGUGUUGAAAUCACUUGGUGAGUGUCACAAGGCUAAAGAAUAUUACGAGAAAGCAAUUGCCAUCAAUAUGGAAAUUGGUGACAGGGCACGAGUAGCUUCAAAUUACGGAAACCUAGGAACUGUGUUGAAAUCACUUGAUAAAUAUCACAAGGCUAAAGAAUAUUUCGAGAGAGCACUUUUCAUCAGUAUGGAAAUUGAGGACAGGGCGGGAGUAGCAGUAAAUUACGAAAACCUAGGAACUGUGUUGCAGUCACUUUGUGACUAUCACAAGGCUAAAGAAUAUUACGAGAAAGCAAUUGCCAUCAAUAUGGAAAUUGGUAACAGGGCACGAGUAGCUUUAAAUUAUAAUAACCAAGGAACUGUGUUGAAAUCACUUGGUGAAUAUCACAAGGCUGAAGAAUAUUUCGAGAAAUCACUUGCCAUCAAUAUGGAAACUGGUGACAGGGCAGGAUUAGCUUCAAAUUACGGAAACCUAGGAACUGUGUUGAAAUCACUUGGUGAUUAUCACAAGGCUAAAGAAUAUUACGAGAAAGCACUUGCCAUCAAUAUGGAAAUUGGUGACAGGGCAGUAGUAGCUUUAAUUUACAAUAACCUAGGAUUUGUGUUGCAAUCACUUGGUGAAUAUCACAAGGCUAAAGAAUAUCACGAGAAAGCACUUGCCAUCAAUAUGGAAAUUGGUGACAGGGCAGGAGUAGCAGUAAAUUACGGAAACCUAGGAAUUGUGUUAAAAUCACUUUGUGAAUACCACAAGGCUAAAGAAUAUUACGAGAAAGCACUUGCCAUCAAUAUGGAAAUUGGUGACAGGGCAGGAGUAGCAGUAAAUUACGGAAACCUAGGAACUGUGUUGCAAUCACUUGGUGAAUAUCACAAGGCUAAAGAAUAUCAGGAGAAAGCACUUGCCAUCAAUAUGGAAAUUGGUGACAGGGCAGGAGUAGCAGCAAAUUACGGAAACCUAGGAAAUGUGUUGCGAUCACUCGGUGAAUACCACAAGGCUAAAGAAUAUCACGAGAAAGCAGUUGCAAUCAAUAUGGAAAUUGGUAACAGGGCAAGCUUAGCAGAAAGUUACAGAAGCCUAGGAAAGGUGUUGCAUAAACUUUGUGAAUAUAGCAAGGCAAAAGAAUAUUACGACAAAGCACUUGCCAUCAAUAUGGAAAUUGGUAACAAGGCAGGAAUAGCAUCAAAUUACUGCAACCUAGGAAGUGUGUUGCUAUCACUUGGUGAAUAUCACAAGGCUAAAGAAUAUUGCGAGAAAGCACUUGCCAUUGAAACGGAAAUCGGUGACAGACAUGGACAACUGAAUAGCUACCUUCUGUUAGGAAUAAUAUUUAAUUCCCUUAGAAAAUAUCGGGACGCCAAAGAAGGUGGCGAGAAAGCCCUUUCUAUCGCAAUGGAAAUUGGAGACAGAGGAGGAGAGGCAAACGCUAAUGGACUUCUUGGAAGAGUGCUUUUUUCGCUUCGUGACAAUCAGGGAGCUAAGGAAUGUUUCGAGAAAAAAUUUGCAAUCAUCACUGAAAUCGGUGACAGAGGCGAAGAAGCAAAUUGUUAUUAUGAACUAGGAAAUGUGUUUCAACGGCACUUGGCCAAAAUGACUUGGCCGAAGAAUACUUAGAGAAGGCGCGCUUGAUCAGCAACGAUGUUGGUAAGAUUAAAAUGGAGUUUGAUGCUAUAAAUAGUCUUUCCCUCUUAAAGGUUUUGGAAUCAAAGUUCCAGGAAGCGGUUUCGUAUCUCCACCAGUGUAUUGAGAAAUAUGAAAAAUUGCGACAUUCUUUACAUGGAAACGAGCAGUUUCAAGUAUCUCUUUUAGAGAGUACUGGAGCUUUCCCUUACAAGAUGCUCGGUAAGAUCUUAUGCCUAGCCGAAAAAAAUCCUCAAGAUGCGCUUUACGUUGAGGAACUUGCUCGAGCUAGGUGCUUGGCAGACUCAAUGGCAAGAAACUUCACCGUUAAAAGUCACAUCUCAUCUGAUCCGACGUCAUGGUUUGGGAUGCAAGGGAUUUUAAGCAAAGAACAUAACUCCACCUUCCUGUACAUUUCGUAUGGAAGAUCGACGGGUUUUGCUUUGGGUUUUGAAAACAAACGGAGACAUUCUGUUUCGAAUUUCCGAGACAGUCGAUGA